AUGGUUGAGUCAAAUGAAACCAAGUUCCACCCCUCCUUCUUCCUCCUGCUAGGAGUUCCAGGCCUUGAAGAGAUGCACGUUUGGAUUGGGCUCCCUUUUUGUUCUGUGUACCUGAUUGCCCUCGUGGGGAACAUCACUAUCUUGUUUGUGAUCCAGACUGAAAAUAGCCUUCAUCAACCCAUGUUUUACUUCUUGGCUAUGUUAGCUUCCAUUGAUCUUGGACUGUCCACAUCCACAAUCCCCAAAAUGUUGGGCAUCUUCUGGUUUAAUUUAAGAGAGAUUAGCUUUGGGGGCUGUGUCACCCAGAUGUUCUUUAUCCACAUAUUCACGGCAAUGGAGACUGUUGUGUUGGUUACCAUGGCCUUUGAUCGCUAUGUUGCCAUCUGCAACCCUCUCCGGUACAGCCUGAUCCUCACUAACAAAACUAUUGGUCUUGUCCUGGUGGUGGUGUUUGGCGUCAAUUUCAUUUUGGUCAUCCCUAUGGUCUUUCUUAUCCUGAGGCUUCCUUUCUGUGGACACUAUAUAAUCUCCCACACAUAUUGUGAGCACAUGGGCAUUGCUAGGCUGGCCUGCGCCAACAUAAAGGUAAACAUGAUCUUUGGCUUAAUUCUUAUAUCGAUGGUGCUCGUGGAUGUGAUUCUGAUUGCCAUGUCCUAUGUGAGAAUUCUCCGGGCUGUCUUCUGUCUUCCUUCUCGAGAAGCCAGGCUAAAGGCGCUUCAUACUUGUGGCUCUCACAUCUGUGUGAUCCUGGUCUUCUUCAUACCUGCUUUCUUUUCCUUCAUGACCCACCGUUUUGGCAGGAAUGUCCCCAAAUAUAUUCACAUUCUUCUGGCCAAUUUGUAUGUUGUUGUUCCACCGGCCCUCAAUCCUGUUAUUUAUGGGGUCAGGACCAAGCAGAUUCGGGAGCGGGUUUCAAGUGUCUUUUUCAAAAAAAGACUAACAUAA